UGAGGGCCCAUUGCUUUGAUUCUGGUCAAAAUCCUGUCGCUGGUCUUCUACCUUUCGACAACGGGAGUCCAGAUCGUGAAUUCGUUGCUCUUGCCCGGCCGCAGCAGCCGCCUCUGCGUCCGUCACCGCGGCGCCGAUGCGGCCGUGACCCCCGCCGGGCCUGGGGGAAGCGCGGCAGCGACGGCGUCGCUCGCUUCGACCGGCGGCACGCUGAGGGAGGCAUUUGUGGUCAAUGAGACACCCGUAUUCAUGAAUAAGCCUCCUCCACAUGUAUUUAAACUGAUGUCUCUACCAUCAAUGAUUAUAAAGCUCACUUUGGGUUUGCUCUGGUGCAUCAUCCACUUAGCAAUCAGCCUUUUAAGCUUAUGUUCUCAUCUGAUUUUCAAUCUAGAGUGUUCUCUUAUUUCGUCUGGGUUGUUGUGGAAGUAUCGGAAUCUCCAACUGGGGAGACUCAAAUACCUCGCUAUUGUGGUAGAUAGCAGAGAAGCUAAGAAUACCGUGAAGAUCAAUCAGCUGUUAUAUUGGCUCAAAACUCUUGGUGUGAAGUAUGUAUGUCUGUACGACAUUGACGGAGUGCUGAAGAAAUUGUUUGAACCUGGUAUGAAUGGUUCAAGAGAUAACAAUCCCGGAGAUUAUUUGGAUGUCAGUGCAAAUAUCAAAGCCUUAGACUGUUGUCAGAAACAGAUGACGAUAGAGUGUAUUUCUGGUUCUGAUGGCAAAGAGGGCAUUGCUAAAGCAGCCAACUUACUUUGCUCCAGUUAUUUAAACGGUGAUAGCUAUACUCAAGAGAAUGUCAAAAGUGAAGAGAAUGUAAAAAAUGAGCCAGUAUUUACAGAAAUUGACAUGGCCAGUGCACUGAAAUCCAUAGGUUGUGCUGGACCAGAACCUGAUCUUCUACUUGUGUAUGGUCCUGCCAGAUGCCAUUUAGGCUUUCCUACAUGGAGAUUGCGAUAUACUGAGAUUAUGCAUAUGGGACCUCUGAAAUCAAUGAAAUACGGCGCCAUUGUGAAAGCCUUCCAUAACUACUCAAAGAAACACCAAAACUAUGGUAAAUGAGAGCUUCUGAUACUUAUAUACUGAAGACCAGACUGUUGUGUAGAAAAGCACUCCUGGGACUGGAAGCUUGACAACUGUUUUGCCUUACUGUUCGUGAUUAUACUAGUAGAGGUUAGUUAAGAUCAAGUCGAUACCCAUGUUGUAAUAUCUUUUGGCAAGAUUAGAAGUGUUAUUGAUAGAACAUACGGGAAUGGACCCCAUUGUAAAGCUUGCCUGGUCAUGGAAGAUUAAUGAACCUGCUCUUGAGCCGUUGAGCGAGCACACAUGGAUUGAUAUCAGCAAUGUUAUGCACCCAAAUCAUGCCGAUCUUUUUGGUUGUGAAUGUAGCAGCCAGCAGCUGCUGACAUGUGUUUUCCUUUUGAAUUUUAACUUAAUAUGCAACUGAGUGCACUUUGAUUUUGGUAUUC